AUGCCAAGAGCCACUCGAAGUCGGGUUUUAACCCACAGGGAUCGAUCCCAGCCAUAUUCUCCUGCUAGGCGGCACAACUCAAAUCGUGAAACAGGUUUGCAAGACAUCCAACCAACUAUCCACUGGGCCGCACGAAGCCGAAGCGUCGCCAGCAGCAGCACCAGUAGUAGGAGCGAUGCUGCUGAAAAUAGAGAGCAAGACAAUGAAGCUCUUGCCAGCGAUUCCGAAGAAGAUCCAGGAGACUCCGCUCUUUUCGGCCCCGACUCGGAUGAAACUGACGUCGAGGGCGAUGCUGAAUAUCUACCGUCACAAGUCACGGAAAAUGGAGGAGUAAUCGUCCCCGAUAGUGACGAAACAGAUGCAGAGGCGGAUAGUGAUGCGACAGACGCGGAACUGAACCUUGACGACUUUAUGUUACAACCAGGCAUGGAUGAAGGCCUACCGCCGGGAAUCCGUCCAGAUACACCAUACGAUCUGGGACUUGGGGACGAAGAUGACGUAGACGAUGAAAAUGGAACCCAAGACGAUCGCGAGGAUUCGGACGUGCCAGAUCCGACUCAGCCCGUCGUUGAGAAUCCAACAAUCAUCGCAGAUGAUAGCGUUAUUCUUAUCGAAGAUGAACCAGCGGCACCAGAGCCAGUUCAAAAUCUGCCGCUUCAACCAAAACCUUCUCCCAAGAAAAAGUCACCCGUCAAAGCACCUCCUUCCCUCAACGAAAGUGUCGACAACGAAAUUGCCCAGUGCCACAUUUGCUUCGAGAAUAUGAAAACGGACGGAGCGCAUGAAAUAUGCGCGUUGAGUUCUUGCGGCCAUCUUUUCGGCCGAGAAUGUAUAACGAAAUGGGUGAAAAUGAAGAAGGAAUGCCCGAACUGUAAGAAAAAGACGACCAAGGGGCAGAUAAAGAAGAUCUAUCCGAGCUCGAUGCCGCUUGUGGCAGAAGAUACCAGCGAAAUCGAAGGACUCAGAAAACAAGUUGAAGAAAUGUCAGCAGCAAACAAAACUCUGCGGGACAAACUUAACGUCUCAGAGACGGAGCUGAAAAUCACCAAAGAAAGUUUGAAAGCAAACGAAGCCAUCAUCCACCAUUUGCGAAUGAACCGCCGCACGAGUAAUGAUCAGAGCAAGGACGAAAGACGGCCAAGGCAUUUCCCGAAAUUCAUUCUUCGAAAGGAAGAAAAACUUAUCAAAGAAACCAACCAGCCUGGGCAGAAAGAAGCAUGUAGAUUACUUGCUGUUGACGAUCCUUUUCGGUCCACUGUGCUCUGCGCGACUUCAAUUUCGAAUCAGAAUACGACGACGUUUUCAAACUUUUCGCAUGGAAUCUGCGUGUUGGAUAUUCAAACGAUGGCCAGGAAGAAAUAUGUGGCCACGCAUAAGCAAUCGAUAAAGGACAUUGAGUUCAACAGUGGCUACUUGCUCACUGGAAGCUUGGAUAAGUCGAUGAAAGUCAUCGACCUCGAAGCUUCAAGAAUCACCCGCAGUUUCGAAACUCAGGUUCCAGUCUGGUCUGUAACAUGGAACCGGGGAAAGCAACUGGUCUACGGCGGCAUCAAAGCAUCCGUCCUCGAGUUCGACGUCCGGGUCAAGACCAGCAAGCCCACCAGAACCAUCAAAGUCCCCGGGGGCGACUACCAACAAGUCCAUUCGCUUUACUUCAAGAACAACGGGCUUCUUUGCGGCCAGUACAAGAUGUAUCAAUGGAUUGGACUCGAAAAUACGAAUUCCGUGUCUGUUCUUUCUCAAGAAGAAGAAAGUCCAUCAAGCUUUAUGCCUGGAAAUGGGAUGCCUUUCCACGUGCUAGGGGACAACUUACUCGCUACAUUCCGCAACAAGCCACCUCAAACUAAAUUAUCAAAGCUCAGUUUUACUUCGCAGAAUUCUCAGGAGGGCGCUAGAAGACUUACCAAUGAUGUUGUGAAUACGUUUAGUGUCUCGCAUCAGCAUGAUAAAAUGCUCAGGGAUAAGCUUUUAAACUUGGACGACCAUCUUGUGGCUGCUUGUACCAAUCAACAGACCGGAAGUUUGCAACUCCAUGAUGCGCAUUCCGGUGACCUUCUUCAGCGAUUUGAGCGCGCUCAGAAUACCAUUCUCGACUGUGUCCAGUAUCGACUUGGUACAACAAACUACAUCGCUGAGCUUGACGGUCGAGCAGUCCGAUUCCACGAGCAACAGAAAAUGUAA